AGAAUAGUGAAACGGAAACCUAAAAAAAUCCCAUUCCUUCUUCUUCUUCUCGUUGUUCUUCUAUGCUACCUUCUUCAACCUCAAAAUUCCCCAUUUCCUCUCCGUUUUCUUCUCCCUUUUUCUUUUCCGUCAUGACCCUUUUUCUCUUUUCCCCUUUCUUCAUCAUUCUCUUCUUCUUUGCUUCCCCUUUCAUCACCGCUUCUGACCCAUCCACCAUUUACGACCAUCUCCACCUUUAUGGCCUCCCCAUCGGCCUCCUUCCAAAGAAUAUCACUAAAUUUUCAAUUGAUUCUUCCACUGGCCGUUUUCAGGUCUUCCUUGAUCAACCCUGUAAUGCCAAGUUUGAGAAUGAGGUUCACUAUGAUUUCAACGUCUCUGGCAGGCUCUCCUACGGCCAGAUUGCUGAAUUGGCUGGAAUUUCUUCCCAAGAGCUCUUUCUUUGGUUCCCUGUUAAGGGAAUUCGUGUAGAUUUGUCCACUUCUGGUUUAAUUCAUUUCGACGUCGGCGUUGUUGACAAGCAAUUCUCUCUUUCCCUCUUUGAGUCCCCCAUUGAUUGCACGGCGGCUGAUCCGGUUGAUCGAUCCAUCGCCUUCAAUGCUGCCUCUCUUGAUAUGGAUCGUCCUCUUUCGACGAAGGAAGACCAAAGACAUAAUCCCCAGCUUGAAGUCAGUGAACUAAGGGCAUCAUCAUAGAUUAGCAAUCAAGAAAUGCUGUGGAUUUUGUUUCGAGAGAGUCUCGCUUCGCUGGUCCAGUAAACCAUAGAUUUUCUUCUACUAUUUGUGGAUUGCUUUUGUUAUGUACAGUCUUUGUUUCCUUGUAGUUAUAUCUGAUGGGGGUAAAAGAGGCAUAUUUUUUUUCGUAUAAAGAGUUCACAAAAAUAUUUCACCUCUAAUCCCUCAACUAUAUACUAAUAUAGCCUAAUUUAAGCAAGGAGAUUGUUGCUUGGGUCGGCUUUCAAAAAUCUAAUAGUUUAGUAUAAUUUAGUGAUUGUCUCAUCUGUCGCAAGUGUUUUUUUUUUCUUUUUUCUUCUCUCUAUAUGAAGUAUAUUACUGCUUCUGGCUGUGUUUGGUUUUAGCUACUCACGUAAAGAAGUGUUUUUUUUUUUUUUUUUUUGUCUUGUUAUUUUAGUCCUACGUUCAGGCUUGUAAAUUGUACAUUGCGAAAGUGAACUUUCUAGUAGUUACAGAGAAUUUACAUA